ACAACGCGGGAGCGUUGUUAUUCGUCCACACGUGCGUUGGCGAUUGUGCUGAGCGUCUGUAUUUCGUUGUAAAGGCCUAUCAAACAUGGAUUGUUCGGUUGAGAUUAGGCCGUCAAUAGGCAUCUGCAAACUUCAGGUGCUGGUUUGGAACUUCCAGAACGGCCCCGUCACCGGCAAAGUCGACUGUUCGUCGUCGAAACUUAAAAUCGUCGUGAAGGAAAAUGAUGCCGUAGCUAUUCAGGCGGAGCUGGCAUUUUCUGACAACGUCGUGUUCAAAACAGGCAGGCUUACGGUUGUUCAGGAGCACGAAGUUCUUAGGGAUCGCGAAGAAUUAGCUCAACCUACGCCGUGCCGCGAACUCACGUUCAACAUAUUCCUCAAAAAAGCUGACCCUGAGCCCCAGCUGCAACACCUCCGGGAGCCUGUACUUUUUGCGGGUAUCCAGUACUGCUUUAGGUGCGGUAGUUGCUUCGAAAAAAUUUUGGAUGAAGACGCCUGUUUCCGAAGGGUCCUGCCGCUGCCGUCUGAAAAUUGGAGAGAAGCAGCUGGUGAGUGGUUUUGCCACAAACACGAAUCCACCACCGGCAGUGACAUUCCCCGUGUUCUCGAACCGAAGGCUGACGAAUUGUUCACGUCAGCAACUCGCCUGAUUGUGCAUAACGCGCGAGUUACUGGAGCAGACAUCGACCGGGGAGACGGACGACUGCGUUGUGAUCAGUGCGGAGUUGUUCUUGGGAGAAAGGAGACGGAUUCGUCCGCAGCGUUGUUCACGACACGCGUUACAGUAGCGCCUGUCCACGAGGAAGAUGGCGAUACCGUUGUAGCAGCCGACGCGUCCAACAUCCUGAGAGCUCUCAUCAAGAACCGUCUGAAGCUAAUCACGACGUGCCGACUUGUAGUGACUUCCG